UGGCUCUGUGAUUUUUGAAUUAGGCUUGGCGGCUUUAACACUUUUGGAAUUUAGCCUUGGAAGCCUUGAGAAUUUGGGUUCAUCAUCAGCUCUACCAACUACAACAAGGGACCCCAUUUUGUUGGUUCAUGGAUCGUCAUUGGAUAAAUAUACCAAAUAAACUUUCAGCAGAAUAUGCUGCUGGAAUGAAUGAAUUCAUUAGUGUUGCAAGACACUCCAUGGACUCCAAUGGGAUGGUUCUAUGCCCUUGUUGUCGAUGCGUGAAUAAGAAAUCACAAUACAUGCAUGUGAUAAAGUUGCACUUGAUCACUCAUGGAUUUCUUAGUACUUACACAAGGUGGUAUCACCAUGGUGAGCAAGUAGAGGAAGUAGAAGAUGAUGGAUUAUUUGAUACCGAGGAUAAUGUCGAAGAUUCAGAUCAGAGUGAUGAUUUGGCGGCAGGUCUUCAUGAUGCUAUUGGUAGUAAGUAUUUUGACAUUGGUCCAACUAGUGACUUCAAUGAUGAAUCUCCACUUAAUGUGGAUGACAAGUAUGAUGCAUUGUUUGAGUCACUUCAUAAGCCUUUGUACAAUAAUUGUAAAGGUUUCUCUGUCUUAAGCGCGACGGUGAAGUUGAUGAAUCUCAAAGUGCUUAACAAAUGGACAGAUAAAUCAUUCGACCGUCUUUUGGAGUGUUUGAGAGAGAUAUUGCCCGAGGGUAAUCAGUGCCCAGGGAAUUAUUACCAGACGAGGAAGCUUCUUUGUGAGGUGGGCUUAGGCUAUGAGCAAAUUGAUGUUUGUCAAUACGAUUGUGCAUUGUUUUAUGGUGAGAAUGCAAAUGCAGUGUCAUGUCCUGUAUGCAAGUCUAGUCGUUAUGUACGAAAUCAAAUCCCACAUAAACGACUUAGAUGGUUCCCAAUCAAGGCACGACUUAAGAGAAUGUUUAGUUCGAAGCACACUUCUAAAGAUAUGCGAUGGCAUAAAGAGGUACGGAAAAAUGAAGCCGGGAUUUUACGUCAUCCUGCUGAAGGGGAUGCUUGGAAGCAUUUCGACAAUGUGUAUCCUGACUUUGCAGCUGAUUCUAGGAGUGUACGAAUGGGAUUGGCGUCAGAUGGGUUUAACCCUUUCUCUAAUAUGACAUCAACCUAUAGUUUGUGGCCAGUGAUAUUAAUUCCAUACAAUAUGCCACCUUGGGCUUCUCCUAAUGGAACAAACUAUCUCAUGUCUUUGUUAAUUCCAGGCCCUAAAUCUCCUGGAAAAGAUUAUGAUGUGUUCUUGAUGCCAUUAAUUGAAGAGCUUAAAGAGUUAUGGGAUGGAGUCAAUGCAUAUGAUUUGUAUGGUAAAUGCAUGUUUAAACUUCGAGCUGCAGUCUUGUGGACAAUUAGUGAUUUUCCUGCUUAUGCAUACUUGUCUGGGUGGAGCACUGCUGGUAAAUUAGCAUGUCCUGUUUGUCUUGAAGAUACAAGAUCUAGAAGAAUAACUGACAAACAAUGUUUCAUGGGACAUCGAUGUUAUUUGAAAAGAAACCAUGCUUGGAGAAAAAGUAAAGAAUAUGAUGGAUCUACUGAAUUACGUGGCCCUCCUAGAACUUUUACUGGUGACGACAUUUUAAAGCAAUUGGAUGAAAUUCCUAUUCAUACCCCUGGUAAAGCACCAAGUAAUUCUUCUAGAAAACGUAAGCGUGGAGAGAAAGAGCUGAAUUAG